AUGGAUCCAACUUCAGCCACCGACACUUCCAUACCUCCUCUCUCACAGUCUCGCUCAGCAUCACUCUCCCUUCCACCAACAAAAGUCCGACGCCGUCCUCGUCCUCAUCCUGAGCAACACAGAUGUCUGGAACUCCUCGAGAUCCUCACCAUGAUCCUCCGCUUCCUCGAUGAAGACGCCAUCUGUCGUGUUACUCCUCUGGUCUCUCGUCUCUGGCUCCGUCUGAGCAGGAACAUCAAACCUGUUUGCAUCGUCGUCGUCUGGCACUCAUCCUGGUCUUCCGACCUGCUGGAUAUGAAGUUGCUGUCCCUACAGGACAAUGCUACGUACUUUCGCUGCUUUAUCACAGAACGCUUUGUUGCGAGUCACUACAAGGGCAGGAGGCUUUACGAGGCUCUGGAAUGCCUUCAAACCAGGAUCAGGGAACAGGAGUUAGAUACUUACUCGGACGACCAGAACCACAACACUCGUAACCACUUCAAGCCUGGACGGAGUGGGAAGCCUUUUGGCACUCUUCGCUCGCUGUAUCUUCAUUUCGGUCCGCAAGCCUUGGCAGCAGUCGACAGGUUUCCUUUCCCGAGCUCGCUCAACAAGCUCUCGAUUAUCGGUGUGCACUCGGACCAACCCCUCGAUAUGGGCUGGAUAUUUGACAGAUGCCCCUUCUUGGAGGAACUCUGCAUCGAGGGUUAUGCUUCCAACUGGAGAUCUAUGCGUCUGUCAUGGAACGAGCAUAGCGAGCGUUGCCUCGGUCGACUCCGAGUUCUCACCCUGAAGAGCAUCCACAUUCUUCGCAGCGACCUCGGGUACCUCUGCUCUAUCUCGCCAAAGCUCACAGAUGUAAAGUUUGUCGGAGUCAGCACUGAGCCAGACCACGAGUCUCAGGAAGGGCUGUACAGGAAUCUGCAGACACUGCAGAUGGCGCCUCGAUCGACCUCUCUGCUGCCGUUGUCAGGAGUCAUGCCGCAGCGUCAACUCAAGCGGUGGCUGGCCCAGUCUUGGUAUGCAUGGCUGGACAUCUCGCUAUACGCUCCUUCAACAACACAGUCUCUUCUGCGAGAGGUAGUUCGCUGUCCGAGUCAACUCACAUCACUGGAACUCGUUCCUCAGCCCAGGCUUGGCUUGCCGUCCCGCCGUCUGGGGACAUUAUCGGAUCAGACUCUUGUCUACCGCCGGCUGCACACCCUUCUCUGCACACCAUCCAGUCUUGUGCACCUUCAGAGCCUCAGAACUGUCAUCCUUUUGGAAGACAUUGAUAUCUUUGGUCGUAGAGGUUUCGUCGACGCGGAUGUCGCUCUGGACAAGGCUACGUAUCCAAAGCCCAACAACCCCACAACACAUCCAGGAAUUUGGCUCUGUCGACGUCUCAAGUCUCUUCGAGUCGAGGUUCAGAGAGAAAAGGAGAGCCUGGUCGCGUCCUCGGCGGUCCACUCCAGGAUUGUAUUUGGAUACAUCUCUAGGGUUUGUCCAUACCUCGAGAGUCUUGAGAUUGAUGUCCCCUACGCCGACUCUACCGCUGAUAUGCUCGAGGAGUCCUUCUAUUUGCAACUGAGCAUGAAACUCCAAGGUGGACUGUGUCUGCUCGCCAAGCUGGAUCAUUUGAGGCGACUCAGGAUUUCGUCUGAGUGCGGCCUGUGGACAUUCGACUGUGAGGAUUAUGAGGUCAACUGGAUCUCGUGCUCGCCCUACCAUCGCAUAAACCGCAUGUUCAGACACUGGACCCUAUCGCGUUGGAAAAAAUUGAGGGAGCAUGAAAAACAGCAAGAGCAGGCGCGGUUGGAAGCUGCCAAGGAGGAAAUGGUGUCAGAGUCAUUGGCGGAACCAAAGGCCGAAGUGGCACUAAUGGCGAGGACUACCAGCACAGUUGUUGGUGCCCCAGAGACUAACCCAGCACAGCACGGUCACUUUGGUGAUGUCGAUGAUUGGAAUUCGGAGAUGGACUUGGACGGUGACCAGGAUGAGGCCCAUAGCUGGCUCCAUCACAUCGGUCUUUGGGAUAGUGCGAUGACCACGGGGCCAGCGACAGUAGGCCAAGACGCGACGGAUCAAAAUGUCAUUGAUCACCCAUCCGCCUCAGACCUGGAGUUUGUUGAAGCAGAGCCUGGAGAAGAUAUACCUGAGAGGGAUAAACCCUUUGUCCCUGGACCCGUCCCUGUUGAAUGUCUCCCAGGAAUCCAGCAGGUCCUGGAUGAUCUCCAGAACCUAGGCUUGUUACGAGAUGUCGAGGCCAUGAUCCGAUGGAUGCAGUCGGAUAACUUCCACCCCCUGCCUGAGCUCAAGCGACUCUCUCUUGGAUUCGAGAUACUUCAACGACCCAAGGAUGAGAUGCGACGACUCUUUCCUUUGUCCAUUGACCCUCAUCCAGCCUACUGUUGA